UGUGACCACAUGCACCAGUCCAUGCGAGGACACAGACCUGGGAAGCUGAGAGCUUGAUAUCAUGGCAUUUGUGAACCGAUUUAAAGCCCUUUCAGAGGGAAAAGGAGAGUGAAGCAAAACCAUAAAACAGAGAAACGUAGACAGAUACCCAGUGGGGAAGAGGGACAGCAUGAGUGUGAAUGCUGAUGGGGAUAGCAACGCGUGGAGCAACAGAGCUGCAGAAUCCUGAAUCCAGCAGAUGGAGACUCCGUGUCCUUGUUUUGUGGUGAUCUGUGGAAGCAACAUGCAGCUCGCGCCUCUGCCUCGCACUGCUGCAGUGGAGGAGUAAAUGCGGAGCCCAGCACUGCUCCAGGUGAUCCACAGCAGCCCAGCCCGGCAGACUGCUCCCUCCUCAGCCUUCCCUCUCCUCCUCCUUUUCCUCCUUCUCCUUUUCCACCUCCUCAUCCUCUUCCUCCUCCACCACCUCCUCUUUUUCCUCCUCCUCCUCUUCUUCCUCCUAUGUCACUGCUCCAUUCCUCUGAGGGCUUUGGAAAGAGAUAAGAAAGGAUCAGAAAAGCAGAGGAGAAAUCCUGCUUUCCCCCCUUCCGUUCUCAGAUGUGACACACCUCUGCCCGACUGUCCGCCGCUUCCCUGUCAUCGUGUGAAGACGCGCCGCAUAUGUGCUCAAAUGUCUCCGGAACAUAGACUCGCUACUAGACCAGAAGACUUCAUCUUGGUCUCUGUCUCGAAAGUUCAAUGAAGGCAGACGCCUCCCUCCAUCCAGGAACAUGAAGGGCUUAUCGGGCAGCCGCUCCCAACAUCAGAUUCCUCUACCCCACGGCUUGGACUAUGAUCCCCACGUCCAUGACAUCCACACUCACCAUGGCGCUGACUCCCGCCACCCAUCUUACCUGCUCAGCCCCACAGAGAGCUGCCCUAUGGACUUCCACCACCGCUACUCACCACGCAGCUCCAUCCACUCCGACUGCAUGAUGAUGUCCCCUGUCAUGAUGCCCCCAGCUGCUGCAUCUGACCACAUCUCCAGUAGCACCUUCCCCAGAAUGCACUACAGCUCUCAGUAUUAUGACUCAGCCACACGGGACGACUGCGCUGCCAUCACAGCCUCCGCCACAUCCCCAGCUGUUGCGGCUGCUGCAGCUGCAGCAGCUGCCUCUUCCCACCAUGCUGGCACCAAGAGCAACCGCCUUCCUGCUAAUCUCCUGGACCAGUUUGAGAAACAACUGCCACUGCACCGUGACGGCUUCCACACUCUACAAUACCAGCGCACCUCCACCACCACCGAGCAACGCAGUGAGAGUCCCGGCCGCAUUCGACACCUUGUUCAUUCAGUCCAAAAGCUCUUCACCAAGUCCCACUCCCUGGAGGGAUCGUCCAAGAUGAAUGGCACAAAAGGUGACAUUGUAGGAGGGGGUUAUCACCAUCAUGGCCACCACUCCACAAAACACGGUAGCAAGAGGAGCAAGAGCAAAGAACGUAAGCACCGCUCUGGUGGCUGGUGGAGCUCAGAUGACAACCUGGAUAGUGACAGCACCUAUCGCACACCCAGUGUCAUGUCACGGCACCAUGGGGAACAUGUCGGCCACUACCACCCAGAUUCCAUGCACAGCCACCACUUUGGAGACCUGUCACUCAAGACCUCAAAGAGUAACAAUGAUGUCAAGUGCUCAGCGUGUGAAAGUAUGGCCAUGGGACCCGAGGGCAAGUUCAUGAAGAGGAGCUCCUGGUCGACUCUAACAGUCAGCCAGGCCAAAGAGGCCUACAGGAAGUCAUCGCUUAAUUUAGAGAAACCCAUGAUGUACACGGACCUCAAGUCAUCGCGGACAUGUCAUUACCUGCAGGUGCCCCAAGAUGAGUGGAGUGGAUACCCAGGUGAGAAGGAUGACGAGAUCCCAUGUCGGCGGAUGCGAAGCAGUAGCUAUGUUAAAGCAAUGGGAGAGGUGGAUGAUGAAAGUGGGGACUCUGACACCAGCCCUAAGACCUCUCCACAAAAGACCAUUCGGUCAGAUGCUCUUGUCCUCAAAUCAGCCAUGCAGAGACCCCAUUUAGACUCCCACAGCCAGGGCUACCACUUGCAAACCACAAGAGAUAUACAGCCCCACCCUAGUGUCACGCUGGACCCCGCCACCUUUCAUCCCCCGCCCUUCCGCUCUCGCAACCAGAGCUACAUGCGCGCCGUCAGCACCCUCAGUCAGGCUAGCUGCGUCAGCCAGGUGAGUGAGACUGAGAUCAAUGGCCAGUUUGAGUCAGUUUGCGAGUCCGUUUUUAGUGAAGUAGAAUCCCAGGCCAUGGAGGCCUUGGACCUGCCUGGUUCGUUCCGCACUCGAAGCCACAGUUACCUCCGUGCAAUUCAGGCUGGUUAUUCCCAAGAUGACGACUGCUUGCCUUCAAUGACAUCCUCCACUGUCACUUCAACUCUCAGAUCCACAACAGGGAUUCAGUUUCGUCUCCCUACUUCCUGCAGCGUGGAUCGUGCUCAGCCACCUCCAGCGGUAUCAUAUCCUCCCAGUUACAAGAAGACUCCACCUCCUGUGCCCCCGCGCACCACCACCAAGCCUCUUAUCUCUGUAACAGCCCAGAGCAGUACAGAGUCCACCCAAGAUGCCUACCAUGAGGGCAGGCAUCCACGGGGUGGUCUGUGGACCACAGACAGUCUCGGCCGUCCCAUCUACAGCUCCAUGGACAGCCUGGACAGCACCAAGGCGGUUACCAUGGCCAUGGAGUCAGCAGCAAGCAAGAGGCAUGCGUCGUUAGGCAGCCACACCUCGGUCCAGACAUGCGACAAAGCAGUGCUGGUGUCCAAGGCUGAGGAGUACCUCAAAACCCCACGUUCCUCUAUUGGGAUACAGGUGGAAACUGUGACAGACUCUGAGACUGACACUAAAGGCCUUCCUCAGUUCCAUUCUAUAGGGAUCCAGGUGGAGGAUAAAAAACGGCAUGGGAGGUUCAAGCGCUCCAACAGUGUGACCACUGCAGUGCAAGCAGACAUGGAGUUGGAGGGAUUUCCCUCCAUGGAGGAUAAAGGUUUGCAGUUCGGUGGUGCCUUCGGCCGCCACUCUGAGCCCAGCACGCCAACACAGUAUGGAGCGAUCCGUACGGUGCGCACACAGGGCCUUUUCAGUUACAGGGAGGACUACCGGCCUUCCAGUGGGCCACCCAGCCCGCAGCCUGAACCCUGGCUGGUUGAACCCAGCCUGGAGAGCACCGACACAGGCCGAGUAACCCCCCUCCGCAGGGACGGCAGCUGGUUUAUGCAGCUCCUUCACAACGAGACCAAGCGGUUGGAGGCAUGGUGCAAAGAGAUGGAGGCAGAGGCAGAGGAGCAUGACCUGUCAGAGGAGAUCCUAGGAAAAAUCCGAAGUGCAGUUGGAAGUGCUCAGUUAUUAAUGUCUCAAAAGUUUCAGCAGUUUUACUGGCUAUGCCAGCAGAAUCUGGACCCCAGUGCCAUGCCCAGACCCACAUCUCAGGACCUGGCUGGAUUCUGGGACCUUUUGCAACUUUCCAUCGAUGACGUCACUGCCAAGUUUGAUGAGCUGCAGCAGAUCAAGAGCAACCAGUGGCAGCUGGUGGAGAGCCCAGAUAAGAAGGAGCGGAAGUGGCCACCCCCUCUGCCAAAAAGGUCAGCCAAGGGGCGUGGCGGUGUGAUGCGGGAACGCUCUCUGGACCUUCAGGACCGCCAGCGACAGGAAGCCCGCAGACGCCUCAUGGCUGCCAAAAGAGCAGCUUCUUUCAGACAGAACUCGGCCACAGAGAGGGCAGACAGCAUCGAGAUCUACAUCCCUGAAGCCCAGACGCGGCUUUGAGGUCCACGGAUUCAUCCUCAGCUCCCCUCGUGCACCUCCACCCGACACCAGCACGUGGCGCCACAUUCAGCCCCCUUGUGCUGUCAACUAUUGUCGCUGCUCAUCCAUGUUUCCAUCUGUUGUAAUACCCUGGGUUGUCUCUACUGAAUCUACACUAAGCAAAUAUUUCACCUGUAGAAACCAAAAGUGUCUCCAGAACAGUAAAAACUGGACAACAGAUCAUUUUCCUCUUGUUUUUAUGGUCAUUUGUUUGGCUAAUGAUGAUCUUGGGCCAGCUGAAUUGGUGAUGAUAGUAUGGUGUUUAUGCACGGAUGUGGAUAUUUAAAAUAAGAACAACAACAGCAAAAAAAUAAAUAAAAAUCAGUUACAUUUCUGCCACUUGGAGCGGCUAAAACAGAAAUUUGCUUAGUGUAGUUUUAAGACCACAGGGGAUUUUUUUUCGCCCCCACGAGUUCUGCACCAUGACGAUUAGUUUAUAAAGCCUAAAACGAACAUUCAUCCUUACUACACCACAUCACUGUUUUGUUUUUUAUUUUCCACACCAGCAUUUUCUUAUACCUCUUUUCCACUUAUACAGUGCCAGUGCCAGUUCUGCCUCGGUGCCUUUUGAGAACCAGCCCACAUUUUGACAGGUCUGAAAAAACGGCCACUACAUCAUAGAAGAAAAAAGCCUUUGUGGACAGAUACGCAUAUGCAUAUGCCAAUUAUUGGUGGAUUUAAUGCAGUAGCCCCCUCCCAUAGCCACCGAUGGUUCCAGCUUUGGGACAGGCAAUUUUACGGCACCUCUGCUUCUUUGGAAAUGGACGGAACCAGCUGAAGAUUAGGCACCUGGACUGGGCGGGUGGAAAAGGGGUACUAGACUUUUCCAUCGUUCCCAUUCUUGCACUGUGUUGAGGGUGAUGUUAUACAGCACUUGUCACAUUUAAAAGAAAACGCAAAAGUGCAACUUUUUUCUCACCAGCAACAGUGGUCUUGGGCUAAAGCAACCUGUGCAGGGGUGGUUUCCCAUAAUGAUGUCACUUAGCGCGAUUGACGAGCCUCUGAAAAUCUGUAACUGCUGAAAGAAAUGCAGGGGAAGUCGUUUCUUCAACGCCUCCCAUCAAAUUUGAAGUCGGAAUAGAUGGAGAGUAACAAAAGUUUUGAUAGGGUUUUUGGGACCCUUCAUAUCGAUCCAACAACAAUUUUCCAUGUUUAAUCAGGCAUGCUGCAGCUGCUGCCCAGUGUUGCUGACUGAGAUCUAAAAAUAUGACUAAAACUCCAUCAUUUCCACAUCCAUUCAUGUUCAUCAAGACUAGACAAUUCUACGACAUGUAGGUUAUUUGCUGCUGGAUGCAUUUCCAUUGCAGAAAAAAAUAUGAAUUAUUAACAAAACAGAGUUUUACAUGGCCCGAAAGAGGUGACUGUAUCAAAAAAAAAAAUGCAUUUUGCACCUUAUAAUAUACAUGUUUGUAUUUCCAAGGGAAAUGUAGUUUAUGAAGCUCAUGCGAUAUUGUUGCAGUUGAAUUGCAAGGACAGAUAUGGAAAAUUUACUACAGAAUUUCAUACAGUAUUACUCUAUAGGUCAUAGAAAUUGCACCUUUUUGUCAUAUUGUUUCUUUUUUUUCUUCUUAAUGGCAUUACUGCCAUCGCAUAAGGAAAUAUUGUAAUUCUAACACUUUUACUUCUACUUGCAGUAUCUAUCAUAUGACCAACGUCACAAUCUACAGUAAACAUUUAGUAUUUCUAGUUAAACCUGUUGUUGGUUGAUUUGACAAUGUAUCUGUCCUAAUGACUAAAAUGUGUUCUUUAGCUAACAAACCAUUUCUCACAACUCACUGCAUCUGACCUUUUUACCAAGUGGCGCAUAACGAAAGCCCUUCUGUUCUUAUUUUGAUCUGCUCACGUAGUCUAGGAAAGACAGGUGCAAAUGACACUUUAACAAUAUUCAGUUACUAUAGUAAAUGGUGCUGCUUUUUACUCUAAAACUGUUGUCCUUUACCCAGUCCUAUGUGCACGCACACACACACACACUCAAGGACUUUUUAAACAGAGAUUUAUUAAUAUGGUGCCCACCGUCUCUCCGAUGACUUGUGGUAGAUUGUGACUUUAGAAACGAUCAUCUUUGCAAUGCUCUUGCCCUCAGUGAUGUAAAUGUGGAGAAGGUACGAUGGCUUAACUUCCUUUCGAAAAUGCAAAGAGGUCAGGGAUAUCUGUUUAUCGCAUGGGAGAGAUUACAGGCUUUGACAUUCCACCAACCUCAAGCUGAAAUCUAAUACUGUAUGCCCGCCUUGAGCCAAGGGCAUGCUGCUAUAGCUGAAAGAAAAUAAUAAUACGCGUCCAUAUUUUAUACUCCCUGACACCUGCGAUGCAAGCCCAUUCAUCCUCAUUUGCCAAUCUUAACCCCAACUAAUGAAUACGAAUGUUGUUAUGGCCACAGGAAUGGCACUCAGUAGGGGAGAGCAGUCUGUGUACCAUCAGUACUUCUGGGAGGCAGUGAAACAUGCUUGUUGUGAGGGAUCGCGGGUGUACAUCAGUGCUAGAAGACCCUACCUUACCAGAUGGCCUUAACCAAAACAGUCGUGAAUGUACAGCCUCCGAUGAUGCAAAAAAAAAAAAAAUAAAUAUAAUAGUAAGAUGAAAUUCCAACUAAAUUGGACAGGGCUGAAGUCACUCUCAAACCUUUUACUUUUUUAUUGUAUAUUUGCUCAUCUCAAAUCGUUUUUUUCUACUUAAUGUGACUGAUUUAAAGACGAAACAGGGUGUGAUAAAAUAACAGGAGACACAGAGAGAAUUACAUCCUCCUACGCUUUUAUCAAAUUUGCGAUAUCACAAAUGUAGUUCACAGUUAUUCCAGAAGUGUGAAGUAUUGCUGAAAGAAAAGCGCACACUUAUCUGUGAAAACCGAAAUCGUAGUAGAGCCACUUCACACAUGAAUGAAUAUUAUAAAUUAAGUAAAAUAGGAUUUAAUGAAAGCAGGAUGUUUAAAGUAGGCACAUUUAUAUAGACAGUAACUGUUUCACAUUUAAACUGAGUAAUAAAGGUAAUCUGCAAUCCAGCUCCUUGUUAUCCAGAUUUGAGUUCAUUGAUUUAGUUGUUCUAAAUACAUAUAUGUCCCUGCAGGCUGUGUGUCCCACUGCAGAACAAAGAAGAAGGUACAGUAAUUUCAUCCAAAAGACGACAAGGACUUGGCUUUAAUUUCCGAGGAAUCAAUACAAUUUACAGCCAAUAAUAACACACGGCUUUUAGUGUAUUGCAAGAGGGAGGAUCCAGUACGUCCUGACUGGUCAGAUUUAUUUUCCCCUUUUCAAAGAGGAAAUCAUUUUUUCAUUCAUAUCCAUUUAUUUGGGGCUUUUCUUUUUUAAUUUAUACAGUUCUGUAGUGUUUUUUUGGGGGGGGGUUGUUUGUUUUUGUUUUUUAGAGCAGUUGGUUGGUGAAAAGGUGUGGUCUGCCUUUAAUUUAUUGAUGCUAUACAGGCUGCAGUUUUCAUCCAGCCCAUAUUAUCACACAGAAACCUUUUCUUUGGCCUCCUUGCUUGGGUUGCAUUUGAACAUUUUGGCCAUUUUUCACAUAAUAUUACAAUUUACUACUUUAUAAUCAUUCAAACAAUUUACCAUCUUAGCGUUCAUUGCCGUAUGCAUAUAAUACAUGGUUAAGCGCUUCAAUGAACACAUAUAUUCUCAAUUAUUACCCCCAAAUCUAAGAACUGUGGUGAUUUUGUUCAUCACUCUUCAUUUAUUUCAUCUUGGGGGGCUGUCUCCAUUUCCAUCCUUUAAUAUUACAUCCUUAAUAUCAUUUCCCUAGCAUCUUCACUCAGUUUUGGUCUGUAGGUUUGGUCUGUUGGUUUAGAAAUAUGAAAGUCCUCAUUUAUUUCACUGGUUCCUCCCUAAGUUGCGCCCUUGGAAUGAUUGGCGACCGUUUCUCUGAAUUAUGACAACCGUCGAUGGGCUAUUUUAACAAUCCAGCUGCUCUUCCACCUGACUGAAAGUCAUGCAAAUCAAGUCUACUUCCCACAGACUGAAUACUGUGAUACCAUCUUAUGUAGAACUUGAUGAUAUUUAAAGAACUACCUAUUGUAAAGAAGCUUUUUUUUUUUUUUUUGUCCUUUUGUAGCUUUGAGUUACUGUUGCUUGCAGGCUUUUCAACCAGUAAGCUUGAGUAAAAUCUACAAAAGGACUUUGACGCUUUCUGAACUCGCCACCUUAAAAGAAUGGCUUAAAAAAGAUAAACAGGAUUCAGAGUAACGGCCACACGGCAUGAAUGGGAGGGAUGUUUUUGCACCAACUGCAUGUCAGGAAGGCUAACGUCAGAAACAAAGAUGUCCUCAAGAGUUGCAGGGAUGCUAAUAUAAUAUAUUGUAAGUGACAAUAAAGGCACACAUGGUCAAAAAUUUAGCUAAAGUGUGUGCUAUUGUGGAAUAACGCAGGGCUAUUGUGUAAACAUGGUACCAUUUACCCUUCAUUUGCAUAGCAUUUCCAAUGAAACGCAUAAUAUUUGUCUUUCACGUCUCCCAGUUUUUCCCAUCAUGCUAUGAGGGGCUUAGAAGUCUGGCAACUAUGUAUAUGACAAAUCCUCAGGUGCCUUAAAGUUUGAUUCACAUAGGACUGAGUGAAUGUUUUUGGGUUGAAGUAUGGAAAAAAGACUGCAACCUGCAAAGGACUGCACCACUAAGAGUGCAAGUUUGCCUGAAAUACCUUUACAAGGGCUGGAUACCGGGCUGGGUCGGGCUGCAGAAUUUCAAAUGGAUUUACAUUUAUAUUUGACUGAUUUAGAGGUCCUAUUGUAAUAAACUUCAGCACAAUACAGUCUAGAGGGUAUCAAAGGAGGAUUUGCUAUUUUGUUUUCCACGUUUUCUUUGACAAAGAUUCAUAGUGACUCGUUUUUAUGACAUGAGAUGAAAAACACACACAAAUUGCAGAGAACCAGUGGAUAUGACAGUGUAAAUGCUACACGUCAGAGUGUAUGUCACAUCCAUUUCUGCUAAUCAUAAAAGAUGACUUAUUUAAUAAGGUCUUUCUUUUAAUUCCUCCUAGCUGUGAUAUUGUAAUCUUGGGAUGUUUCUGCCAUUCUUGGCAUUUACGUCCACAGAAUCGGGAGACUGACAAAACUUGACCAGCCAAAAAAAAAAGGGCAAUAGUGUUUUCAUACAAUGACAGGCAGGCUCACCUACAGCUAUUUACCUCAUGGUUUAGUGUUUUAGCAAACAUGGUUUUAGUAGGAGUAGUUGUGAUCUCCACAGGAACACUUUGUCACGCCUGUGUACUAUGCAGCAGUAGUUCUGUGGGGCGGCAGAGCUUGCAGGCCCUGGUGCAGAUCAUCUUUCCUUCACAGAGAGCCGAAAGCACCGCGUUCAUUGAGCUGUGCACCGCAGGAGCUAAAACACCACGCUGUCAUUGCCAUCCAGAUCCUUUACAGCUCACUCCUCAUGACUCUUUUAUGCUGAUUUCAAAAUAAUAUAGUGUAAACAGAAAGUCGGCUAACUUUCAGCAAAACGCUCUAAAAAAGAUUCACGUGAACGUGACGAGUCAGAGUUACUUUGCCGGGGUCACUUUUCCCUGUUUAGUCGCUAUUCAAGAUAGCUGUUAUGCUUUACAGCAUCCAUAUUUUAGCCUGACAUCAUAUAACAGCUGUCCUGAAGUUAAACCUCAGAGAAGUCUGUAUAGGUGCUGAAUCAACCAACGCUUCUCCUUGUACUUUUAUUUUUCCUGAAUUUGCUUUUUUAUUUACUUUUUUUUUUGGUUGUUGUUUUAUUCUGACAAUCAGCAAACACCAAAAGCAUCAAAAUGCACACACGCAUACACACUACAACAGCAGUGUCAUUGUAUAUCCUCAAGAUAGCGCCCUGAGUUGCCCUUCUUCAUAUCUUGGGGAUCUUUAAAGUCUCUUUGGACUCCAUUUAAAAUAUUGUUCAAUUUUUUUUCUCCUUGUUUCCGAUACAGUUGCACUGCAAAGAUGUCUUUCUAUUGCUUGCUCUCUCUUCUCGUAAAACCACGUGACUUUCGAUGACAUCAGAGCGUCGCCCUGUUGUCGCAAGCCAAACAACCGUCGAGUCACUGUUGAGCACGUUUCACGUCAUGCUCCCACGUGUGAGAGUGUGUCUGCUCUUCAAGCAAUAAGCCUUAUUUAAAUAUUAGGGAUGACUUUUCAUUAUCUUCUUUCGAUUUUUUGACACAUCUGUGGGAAGUCGUAGGGGUUUCGGUUCAGCAGCAACCAGCCUGACACUGAGGAAAUACACUUUAAUGUAGAAAAGUUGACCUUAGUUGACUUUCAUUCGUGUCUCCUUUGAAGAUGCGAGCAGUUGCUUAGCUUGACCACAUAGACUCAAAACAGGGGAAAGAAUCUGUGCAUGUGAAAAAAUAGACUAAAACAUCAAACUACAAAUAUUUGCUAUGUUGGUUUGGAAUAUGACAAGAUGUCUUCAGGGGUGCUUGCAUUAAGAUUUUAUGACCUUUGGAGAGACACGGAUUGUCUGUUCCCCACAGUCUUUAUGCUAAGAUAAGCUAUCUGCUACCUUCAUGCUACCUAUCUGCAACUGCAACCAAAUAGCUAAAAUUGAAAAUCUCUUACCAUCAUCUGUAAAUUCAAAUUCACCUUAUCCAUUCAGAGAUCACUCAGAACAUUGAUUUAAAUCCAAAAUUAUAUAGGUGCUCAACAACCUUGCAUUUAUAUAAGAGCAGAAUCAGAAUGCAACCAGGGGAGUCGAGUUAGCUCAGUGGUGUAGACUGACCUUUGAUCUCUGUAUUUAUAAAUUUCACAUCAAUUGUUUGCAAACCCUCCCCAAUCCAUCUGACAAUCAGUCUGAGUCAAAUUGCAGCUGUUUGGAGACGGAUUGCCUCCCGCCAGGCAAUCACCUUGCGGUCAAUUGUGAUUGCCCGCAAUCACCUUGCGGUCAAUUGUGAGUAAGAGUGCAACUUCUUGUAGUCAAUCUCCAAAUACAAAAAAAUAAUCAAUGCAAUCAGUGAGAAAACUAGGAGGAUGUCGUCCUGUUUUCCUCUAUAGUGACUGAGCUGUUCUACAAACUUGAGAGUGGUACGGCGCUUUUCAUCAAACUCUCUUAAACAGUCUAAUAAUGAAUGUCUAAGGCAGCCUUAAAGGUUACGUAUUUCCUCUUAUGUCAUUCAGGUUGUUUUUAUUGCUCAUUUCAGUGUAACCUCAGUGCCCAUCUGUAUUAUGGGUAUGAGUCAUAAUAAAUCAUCUGAUCAGCUCUAAAUAGACACUUUCAAAUUUGUACAUUGUCCUAAUAGGGUUUUGUUUUGUUGAGUUUCUUUACAUUUAUGUUGUUUGUUUCUUUCUUUUUUUAGUGUCUCAUGUUUUAUGAGGAGAGAGAACAGUCACUUUUGUUUGCCUUUGGUGGAGAAAUGUCUUGUAUUGUGGCUGUGGGUAGAAAACAUUUAAAAAAAAAAAAAAAAAGGCCUCUCAUGGGUUUUUGGAAAGUGACAUGAGAAAAAUUUCAUAGCAUAAAAAGGUUUGUGGUUAGCUUAAAACUAUUUUGAAAUUGUUAGCUAUAUCAAUAAUGAGGAUAAAUAUAAUGCCAAAUAUUCAGUAUUUGUACAGAAAUAUACAUAUAUAAAUAUAUAAUAUAUGCCUAAUUUAAAUGGAACUAUUUUCCACUCUUGACCAUAUUUUUGUUGUUUAAUGUUUCUUUGUCAACAUUAUUUUAUAAGCUCUUCAGAUAGCAUGCAGGAUAGUGAAAAUGAAUGUAUUAUUUAGUGUUUCAUUGCUGGUCAGUAUUACAGCAUUCUACAGAUCAGUUUGUGUUUGUAGGAUUAAUUUAAGCUGAAUAUUUCAUUUCUAGACUUUUGUUUAUCUAUAAAUGACUUGUAAACUUUCUUUUAUAAAUGCAAGGUUUCGAAACAGUUUCAACAGUUUAUAUCAUUUUAUUAUUUCCCUGCUUAUCAAUGUGGUUCAGUAUACUUUGCCUCUUCUAAGUACUGCUAUCAACCAUCUGUUGUAAAUAAUUAUGCAAAUUAAACUUUUUGAA